AGUUCUUGCUAAAAUAUCAGUGCACUAUUUGGACACAGGCAUUUUGGUUUCAUCAUGAUUUCCUGUCACUUCAACAUUCUGUUUUUCUGCCUUUUGCUAAUAUAUCCGCUUUUACUGACUGCAGUCUUCUUAAAGCACGAGGAAGCAAGCAAUGUGCUACAACGGCUGAAGAGAGCCAAUUCCUUCCUUGAAGAGAUUAAAACUGGAUCACUGGAACGAGAAUGCCUAGAAGAGAAAUGUUCACUGGAGGAAGCUAGAGAAAUCUUCAAAGAUAACACCAGAACUAUGGAAUUCUGGAAACACUACACAGAUCCUAAUCAGUGCGACUCCAACCCUUGCCAGAAUGGUGGGACAUGUACUGACCAGUACCAAAACUACAUUUGCUUUUGUCCUAUAGAUUAUGAGGGUAAAAACUGUGAGAUCGGUCCAGAAGUCAGACUGAAGUGCAUUUAUAACAAUGGCAAUUGUGAACAAUAUUGUACAGAUAGCCCAACUACAGUACGACAGUGUUUUUGUGCAGAGGGAUACAGGCUAGAAAGUGAUGAAGAAUCUUGUAUCCCAGAAGUUGAUUAUCCUUGUGGGAAAAUCCCAAUUUUGGCCAAAAAAAAAGAGGGCCGGCAGGGAAGAAUCAUAGGUGGUUAUACCUGUCUUCCAGGUGAAUGCCCAUGGCAAGCUCUCAUGAUAGAUGGUGAAAAGGCAAAAUGUGGAGGUGUUCUGCUUGCCCCAUCAUGGGUAGUUACUGCAGCCCAUUGCUUAGACCGUAUGCGCCGUGGAGCACUCAGAAUAAAACUGGGUGAAUACAGGAUAAACCAUGAAGAUGAAGGUGAACAGGAAAGAAGAGUUGCUGAAAUCAUAAUCCAUGAAAAGUAUUCUUCCAAAAAAGUUGACAAUGACAUUGCCUUGCUGCGAUUAGCAACACCUGUUAAUUUCACAGAUUACGUAGUGCCAAUAUGCUUGCCUCAGCCACGGUUUUCUGCAGACGUCCUGAACUUCAUUGAAUACUCCACAGUGAGUGGAUGGGGGCGUCUCUUAGAAGGCGGGGCUACAUCAGCUGUACUUAUGCAAGUCAGGCUCCCCAAAAUGCAUAAAAAAGAAUGCACUGAGCAUACUAACUUCAAUAUUACAGGGAACAUGUUCUGUGCAGGAUACCUUAAUGGGACAAAAGACUCUUGUGAAGGUGACAGCGGUGGGCCUCAUGUAACAGAGUACAAGAGCACUUGGUUUCUGACAGGGAUUGUGAGCUGGGGAAAGGGGUGUGCAGCAAUAGGCACAUAUGGGGUUUACACAAACGUAAUGAAAUACAUUGCAUGGCUAAACAAUCACAUGGAUUCCUAAUGCAGAAUGCUUCUAGCUCUGCAAUCCUAUACAUGCCUACUCAGAAGUGAAACAUAUUGAGUUCAAUGGGAUUUAUUCCUAGGUAAGUAUAUAUAGGAUUGCAGCUUAAAUUAGUACUUCUCACAUAGUUUUUUCUGUCUAUCAUUUUUGACACCUCCCUGUCUGGCAUUCUUCAAGCAUCUUGUAUCAAUUAAAGACCUAAUACUGAA